AUGAGAGAAGUAGAAGGACAGUCCCCAACCCCUUUCAUGGAUUGCUACGUCGGAUGCUUCAUUUUGUGCAACAUCAUACCUUCUCACACUGCUUAUGAAUGUGCUCUCCAGUGCCUCAAGGACUGUGUCGUCCCCACAACAACUCAAAGUAUCCAUGGUGAUAAGAACCUAUCUACUAACGUGAACCUGGAGGGCAUUGAUAUCUCCUCCAUCCUCAAAGAAGCCACUUUCGCUGUCGCCGAUCUCAUUGGAAAACCAGAGGCUCAUGUGAUGGUUAUGUUGAAGGGUUCAGUCCCCAUUGUUAUAGGUGGGAUUGAAGACCCGGCAGCCUAUGGUGAAGUGGUGUCCAUUGGAGGUCUUAACCCAGAUGUAAACAAGAAGCUUAGUGCUGCAAUUUCAACCAUACUUGAAGCCAAGUUGUCUGUUCCUCUUACAAGAUUCUUCCUCAAAUUCUAUGACACUUUGGGCUCCAGUUUUGGAUGGAACGGAACCAUCUUGUAA